GGCUGAAACCAGGCUGAAACCAGGCUGAAAGGAGGCUGAAACGAGGCAGGGGACACCAGAGGGAUCAGAGGUCUUGGCAGGGCCCAGGGCAGGACGAUGGCCAGUUCGAGCAGCAACCUCAGGACCAGGAUGUCUGCAGGAAACUACAAACUUGCGUGUGAGAUUGCAGUCAAACGCUUCAAAGAAUAUAAGGUUGAGAUUUCAGAUGCAAUAAAUAGACCUUUUCCUUUCCUUGAGAUCCUUCGUGACCGUGGAUUCAUCACCAAUGAAAUGUAUAAAGAGUCUAAAGAAUCUUGUCAAAACCUGUCAGCUGUACCAAAAGUGAUGUAUGCAGUCUUCGAUAACAUGGAGGAGAAAUGUCACCUGCCGCUUCUGGAAAUCUUGUUCAGCAAGGUCAUCAUGAAGAACUACCCUGAUUUAAAUGGCAUUUGUGAAGGCUUCAGAGAUGUGAUCCAAAGGAAAAUUUUUCAAAAAGCAAGUGUUGGAGAUAAGAGUGCACAGAACCAUAAUACUCAACUGAGCAUUGAACAAGGAACUGGUGAAAACCCAUAUCCAUUCCUGUCCUGGCUCUCCCUGGACAAGUCCAAUUACGCAGUGACCAGCAGUGCUGACUCUGCAGAAUGUGGAAACAGAAAAGAGCCUCCCAAAGGUUCCACCUCAGCACUGAAUAAAAAACCAGGGUCUUUGAACUUGAGAAAGCCAUCUACAUCUGGAAACAAACCUACCAAAAGAGUGAGAAGUCCUGGAGGGUCUUCGGGGUUCAGUGCACAGGAGAAGCGCCCAGAAGCCGGGAGCUCUGCAGUGAGAAGUGGUGCUGACCAGCAGGGUUUCAUGGAUCUUGGAAACAACUCUGCUGCACAAACACCCAAGAAAAAAAGAAGGUCAAGACAGCAGCCAGAUGCGCCUGUGAAUUUUCGUGCUGAAAUACUUCGUGUGGCCUGUGGGGGUGAUGAGGGGGCUGUUAAUUAAGAGAAAAUUGGAACGAGGAGCCACAAGGAAGUGCAUAAGAACUGAAGAUGGAAACUGGUUCACCCCCAGGGAAUUUGAAGUCAGAGGAGGCUUGGAAAAAGCAAGUAACUGGAAGACCAGCCUCACCUGCGGUGGAAAAUCCCUAAAAAAGCUGAUAAAGGAUAAACAUAUCCGUCCACCUCCCAUUACACGUGAAAGCAAAAAAAAUGG